UUAGCCUGUUAUGGAAAAAAGAGGCCGGUUCGUACAGGGUAGUCAAGUAAUAAUUUUGUUUCUACUUCCUGUUUUAGGUGGUCCUUGAGAAAGAAUUAAAAGAAUCAAAUUUAGAAUUAUAUGGGCAAAUUUGAGAAACAGUAUACACAACAUAUGUUUUAUUUAAUUGGUAUAGUUGAUGAUCUGUUGUACGAGUUCUUCGGGUUUUUUUAUUUCACGGCGAUUGACGUUCUGUAAAGUGACUGUUGAAAGGUCAUUGCCUCAUACCGUUGCACGAGACUGUACAGCGAUUCCAGAAGUGUCACUUUAACUGUAGUUAAAGAACGUAGACGGUAGAAGGCCAUAACUACUUGUUACACCGAUAGGACUUUUGAACUCACUGCGUUAUCUCUACUAUGCAACGAUAGCAGGGAGGAUCAUUUCUGAUUUCACAGCAAAUAUAAUUACUAGCGGAAGGUCUUCUGUACGUUAAAUACCGUAAAAGAAUACAGAGCAGCGACAGCUGAAAGCCGUCAUCUGUGCAGAUCUAUGUGUUCAGCCAUUUCAAAUAUCACGUUGGCUGCAAUCAGUAGGAGGGCAUGUAGUGGCAUCUUCAACAUCAGAACCCUGUAUACUGUUAACAAGUACAGGGCAUUAACUUUUUUCUCCCGUUCUAAUGCUUUCCCAAUAUGUGGUUGUACCACAGCGUUUUCAUCUGGGGGUACUAAAGGACUGAGCCCCGCAAGUAGCACUAGCAAAUUUAACAGAAGAGUGUCAUCAGUACUACCGGCAGCCAGAAUCUUUGAAUUAGCCAGAGCAUCUUUGAAAACAAAAAAUAAUUUUCCAUUAUCUGUCAAGAAACAACAUUUUGCGAGCAUGGGUGAUGCGGACCUGGACUAUACUAUCGCAUUUCCUGAGCCUUCCAUUCCAGGUAAAUUCUGGGAUGAAAAUGGAGAGCCUGUAGUAAUUCUUCUGGGCUGGGCUGGCAGCAAAGAUCGUCAUCUGGCAAAAUACAGUGCCUUCUACCAAAAUCAGGGGUGUAUUGUGAUCCGAUAUACUGCUCCAUGGAAGGCUGUCUUUAUCUCUGAGUCAUUUGGAAAAAAAGAUUUGCUUCCAGUUGCUCAGAAAUUAUUGAAUCUACUUUUUGACUAUGAAAUUCAGAAAAAUCCUGUUAUGUUCCAUAUCUUCAGCAAUGGAGGCAGCAUGGUAUACCGAUACAUUACAGAGCUACAUCAAAGUCAUAGCCAAUUCAGUUCACUGAAUAUUAUUGGAACUGUGUUUGACAGUGGUCCUGGAGGCAAAAAUGUUGUUGGAGCAGCCAAAGCUUUAAAUGUUGUCCUUAAAUCGACAAGUAAUGUAGUUGUCCGCUACAUUACUCUCUCAUUUUACGUUUUCCUGAUUGUAAUACUACGUGUCUUUCUGUAUCCUCUGACAAAGCUUAUCCAUGAAGACCACUACAGUGUCAUGUCGAAUGACCAAUCAAGAUCACCUCAGCUGUAUUUGUAUUCCAGAGGAGACAAAGUCAUAAAUUACCGCCAUGUGGAGAAUCUAGUAAAAAAGCGUCAACAGAUGGGUGUUCCAGUACAAUCCAUUGACUUUGUCACUUCUGAGCAUGUGAACCAUUAUCGAGAAUUUCCAGAUGAUUACUCCUCUGUGUGCAUCUUGUUCCUGAAGGACUGCCUCACAAGGAUGGCCAAACCUUCCAGAAAGGACCUGAGUAGCAAAAGGGCCUUUCCUGCAGCAGCAGCAGCUUCACUGAAAUAAAUUAUAACAGUGUAUUGUGGAGCAGUUUUUCCACAGCUAGAUGUAGACUUGGUUUUUGUCAGCUUUGGCAAAAUAUGGAUGCUGCAGGACAAGUCGAAGAAACCAUUGCGUGAUAUGAAGGCAUUAAUUUAGAUGAAUCUGGAUGGUAUAUCAAAAGCAUAUGGCAGAUUGAAGGCACUAGCAGAAGCAGCAGAGGAAAAGGCACUCUGGAUUUUUAGGGACUCUGUACCUACUAACUGUGUGAUUGACUUGAGAAACUUGUCUCAGGUCUUUGCUUGGUGAACUUAAGGUGAUUCACAUAUGAUGUGUCUAAAUUGAUUUUAUUAUUUUUAACUGCAAUAAUCAGAACAUUUUAAAAGUUGUAAUUUGGAGCUUAAAAUCUGUUUUCAUAAUGCUAACUCUUACCCCUAAAUUUUCUUCCCCAGCAUUCUAAUAUUAGGAGGUCUUUUGUCAAAUGAAAGUUGCAGGAGUCUCUCCUUCUUCACGCCAAGUAAGAAUGAACCUAAGUUAAAAGUGUUUCAUUCUUAAAUCCCAGUGAAGAUGAUGAGUCUUUUUGUCUCUUUAUUCAUUCAAGUUUUUGUACAAAAGGCCACGAGUCCUUAAUCAAAUUAGAAUCCUGUUGUUAUUUCCCAUUACUCUAUAUCAUAAACUUGUCAGGUACACUUACCCACUUUAUCUGGUUUAGGGCUGCAGGGAAGCCAGAGUCUAUCCAGAAACUCAUUCAGGACAAGGAAAGGAAAGUGAUCCCAGAUACAAUGGUAGUCUUUUCUAAUAUGUACACAUACUAACAUCUAUAGGCACUUUGGGGGUCACCAGUUCACCAAAGGCUUGCCUUUGGGAUGUGGGAAGAAACUGGAACAUUCAGCUAAAUCACAUGUAUGCAAAGAGAAGACAUGUAGACUCUACCCAGGAUGCACCCCAGCUAAGAAUCAGUCUGGUGACAAAGUACUGUGGGACAGCAAUGUUAACCACUGCUCUACUUUGCCACCUAGUUGCUGGACAGUGAACUAAUCUAUUCAUAGCAAAAUGAGUAUCAAACUGUUAUAAAGAGGUUUUCGUUAUGUUUUCUCUAAGUAAUCCAAAAAUUAAAUAUGUAUUUACCAGAAAUACAGUAGUAAAGUUAAUGGUUUUAGACUUGCAGCUUUUUUUGUCUGCAAACUGAAUUGAGACUAUCAACAACGGAAGUGGGGAUAAAACAGAAACCAUCAAUUGAAUAUAAAUGCAUGCACUGCAUUUUAUAAAGGAAGUUGAAUGCUUGGCCUUGCUCAUUGCAUUUUAAUAGACUAUUACCAUAUAUUCUAGCAGGAAAAUUUCACAGAGCAUACAUAUUUUAUGUUGUAGAAUAUAUAUUUGAUUAUAUAGAGGAUACUUUUGUUUUGGUGUAUAUUCAAUAUUGGCCUGUUCCAGAAGAGUUCAUUGUCCUUUGGUCUGUGUAAUGCUGAGAACAGGUUACAAGGUAUAGCGCUGUAGUAAAGUUAGCACUUGGAAGAUGUUAAAAAGCACUUUUUGUUAAUGUAACCAGUAAGAGUCAGUAUAAAAUAAAUCUAUACCGUUCAACAUUUAAGGAAUAAAAGUAUGGCAUAUACACUUGAAACAAAACAUUAUUUGAAGUGGUUCUGGUAUGAGAUUUUUUUCUGCAAUAAAUGAAUAAAACUAAUAUGUAACCUUC